AUGACUGACACAAGCGAUAGCAGCAAAAACGAUGGUAAUAAUCAGUAUCAAAUACCUUGUGAAUCUGAUGGAUCUAAUGUAUCGAAAAACAAUGACGAUACACGAACCGACAAAACACAUGAAUCUGUUACUGAUAGCAAACUUGCUGAACCAAAUGAUGCGAAUACGUCUACAAUAAACUCUCAAGUCGACACACGCGACGACUCGACUCCAUCUCAUGAACAGGAAAGAGUAGAAGAUGACAAUGCAACUUCGAAACAUAAUAAUGCCAAGAAAGAUGUUAAGAAAGGUGGUGCAUCCGCUUCUAAGCAUCAUGAAUCAGGCGUUUCACCCAUAGUGUAUAGUGAGGAUGAACCUGAUUUACUUGAAUUUCUAUGGGAAGAAACAGCCAAGAAAAAAUUAUUCAAUCGUCUUCUUGGCUGUACGUAUGGACAAGCAUUGGGCGAUGCUUAUGGUCUAUCCACUGAAUUUGAAACACGUCAAAGUGUCGAUUACAAUUAUCCGGAUCGUUCAAAACUGAUUCCCUUUCCUAAAUAUGUCUUAACUAGACAUUCUCAGCGAUGGAGACGAGGCGAUUGGACUGAUGAUACAGAUCAAUGGAUAUUAAUUCUGGAAACAUUAACGGAGACGAAUAAUGGUGAACCUGAUGAAGUGGUUUUUGCUAAAAAAUUAGAAAAUUGGAUUCGAAACGGAUAUCCAAUGUUAGGUGAUCAUGGUGGAAUGGGAUUAGGUGCCAACGUAUCACAAGUAGUGCAUUCUGGAGGAUAUCUUCUCGAUCCGCUCCGAGCAAGUGAAACAGUAUGGGAGCGUGGCAAUCGCCAAGCAGCACCCAAUGGAGCUGUUAUGCGUUGUUCAGCAUCGGCUUUUGUUCACUAUAGAGAUCGAGCAAAGGUCAUAUCAACAACUAUGCUGUUGUGUAAAACGACUCAUUUUGAUCCUCGAUGCAUUGCUUCGUGUCUUGCUGUUUGCUUGGCUAUAACUGAUUUGUUAAAUGAAAACUUUGAUCAAAACGAUAUUGAGUCAUUGAUCAACCGCGUUCUAAAAGAAACUAUCGACAUACUUGGUGCUAGUCUUUCUCAAGAACAUCGUGACCUGUUCUUAUGGCAUACAGAUAAAGAACGCACUCUCGAGGAUUUGGAUCUUGACGAACCAAGAAGUAUUGGCUAUACAUAUAAAUGCUUAGGAUCGGGCUUUUAUGGAUUAAGAUCUACACGUUCAUUUGAAGAUACAUUGCAUGAUCUUAUUCGAUAUGGUGGCGAUGCCGAUACUAAUGGUGCAGUAUGUGGAACCAUGUACGGAGCAAGACAUGGCUAUAAAGCACUUCCUUAUCCAUGGUUACGAGCAAUGCCAUUCAAAAAAUGGUUUGAUACAAAAUUACUUCAAUGUCUGGAACAAAUGCAGUUAAUUUAA